AUGGUUUUUGAUCAUAGCCCACCAUAUCAAUAUCAACAGCAAAUUGUUUCUCCACUUCCUCCACUUCAACAGCAACAGCAAGUUGUUUCUCCACUUCCUCCACUUCAACAGCAACAGCAAGUUGUUGCUCCACUUCAGCAGCAACAGCAAAUUGUUGCUCCACUUCCUCCACUUCAGCAGCAACAGCAAAUUGUUUCUCCCCUUCCUCCACUUCAACAGCAACAGCAAGUUGUUGCUCCACUUCAGCAGCAACAGCAAAUCGUUUCUUUACCUCAGCAGCGGUUGCAAAAAGUUCAACAAAAAAUUGAACCGGUAUUAUAUGAAAAUUAUAAUGAAAUUACUUUGGGUGAGAAUCUUCUACCUGAAAGGAAUAUUACUAAACGACUUAGAGAUGAUAGUAACCAAGAUCAAGAUCAUGAUGAAAGAUUAGCCUAG